AUGUCGAGCUCAGAAUCUGAUAAUGAAGAAUUAAAAAAAUUUGCAGAAUCUUUAGAUUCAACCGUUUUUAGUAACAAACUUUACGGAAGUGAACCCCAAGAAAAAGUUUCAAAAGAAAACGAAUCUGAAAAGAACUUAAAAUCUCAAAGACAUCUCGAUAUUGAAGAAAAUGUUUUUCACAGUGAAAUUAAUGUGUCAUCAUCAAUGCAGAAAUUUAUUGGUGAUAAGCUUUCAAAGUUAAUUGAAAACCGAAUUGAACUGAUCGAAGUUAAAAUGAAGAAAAAUCAAAACAACGACUCGGAAAUUAUUGAUAAUGUGAGACUUUUAAGUGGAUGCACUGAGCCUGUAAAAUAUCUUGAAGAACCUGAUGACAUCAAUGUAGACCGAAAGAAAAUUCCCAUAAAAAGGAGAAUCAUCGAGGAAGAGGAAUUGAGUGACACUAAAAAAAUCGAACUUGCAGCUUCAAAUUUAAAGAAUUUGGAGGAAGAAGUCAAUCAAUGGGAUAGAAAAACAAAGAAAAAACCUUUCGAGUAUAAAAAUAAAAAUGGCAUUGGAUACUUGAAGGAAGAACUGAACGAAUUCACUAAGAUUAGAAACAAAAAUAACUGGAAUGAAUCGAAAAUCAAGAGUAAUAAGUUUCAUAAUUCUUCUAUGUGUGAUACAGUAAAGAAAAAAUCUAUUUAA